UCAAUUUAAUCACUUUUUCGCCCAUUAUUAGUAGAUGGAAGCUACCAGGGUGGUCGGCCUGGGGAAAGGAAAGGUUGCCAUCGAGGAGCUCGUUGAAAUCCGCCGUGUUGCUGGGGGGGGUGGCUUGGUGGAGAAGGCGUCCUGCGCAACUAGAAGAUUAUGGUUGCGUCGGGUGCGCGCUUUGAUAAGAAAUCCGCUGCUUGGUUGCCGUCGUGGAGACAGUGCAGCGAGGAGGCGAGCGUCGAUGCUGAAGAUGCCUGUCAUAUUGCCUUUGACCCAAAAUUUCGAUUGGUGUGCUGACUCUCGAUCGAAUCUUUGUACUGUCAAUUUGUAUGUAAAAAGUUGACAUGUAGUGAUUGGAAC